ACUCCUAACUCCAACCUUAAAUCUACUUAACGGCGGCUCAUUUUUGGUCAAUAAAAUAAACAGCAUUAGCAUAUCCACUCUUUGCCUAACAGCACGCCAUUGCCAAAAAGAAGCCUUUCAUUGCUGCUGUAAUUAUGUUUAAUUAUAGCAUAUGGGCAUGCAUAAAUUCCACUUGGAAGUGGAACCAACCCCAAUUCCCCCCAUCAUCUCCCUCUGCUUUCCUUCACUUUCUUUCUUUUCAUUUUUGUUAGCCUUUUCUUGCAAUAUAAGCUUUGCUAAAAUUUGCAGCUCCAAAGCGAAAAAACCCCCUGUUCAUAAAUUCUGAUCAAAAUUUACCCACAUUCCAAAAAGCAAAAGAAAAUCUUUUUGAAGAAAUGAGUUCGAUUUGCAUCUCUAAUUGCUUGAAUGAUGCCAGAGACCCUGGGGUGCCUGUGAGGGCAACUUAUGUGAAUCUUUACAAGUGGCCAGAGUCAGAUGCGGAGUUCGUGAGGUCAAGGAGCUCAUCAGGGUCCUUGCAUGGUGGUAGAGUUGUUGACAGUAUCUCAUGCAGGCAGAUGUAUCUGAGGAGCUAUAGGUUCUCAAGGAAAGAAACUGUGCCUGAGAAGACUGUGAAAUGCUUGGGGAGGGUUAAGGAGAAAGUGGGUCAAAGGAAGAGGAGAUACAAGCAGAAGAGACGUAUUAGAAGCAGGUGUUUGAUAUGGAGGAAAGUGAAGGUAGCAUUGUUUAGGUUUUUCAAUAGGCUACUGUCUUGCUCUGCUAGUGUUGAUGUUGUGGAUCAAAAGACUGUUUUCUUCUGAUUUUUUGUUGGUUUAUUUAAUUUGUUCAAAAUAUUCAAAGCAUGACGGAAUGGGUAGUUUUUACUUGAUUUUACAAACAUGUUUUCCAAUUAAAAAAUUAGAUUGCAUCCUAAUUUCUACUAAAAACCAUUUCCAUUUUAAUCACCCACCCUUAAAUGAAUACAUUUUAAAUACGAGCUGUAAGUUUGUAAUGAGCAAAUACUUGAAGCAUGUGAUAUCAAUAUAAUUGAGUUAAAUUUUAUAGGACCUUAUUCUAAAUC